GCUCGGGGUGUGAGGCAACAUGGGCAGCAAGAGGAGAGGGGCCAGGAACAGGAGGGGCAGGGACGGCCCGGCCCCCACACAGUGCGUCCAGGCCCAGUGCUUUGACCCUCUGGUCCGAAACUGCGUGGCCUGCAAUCUCUUCCGGACGCCAGAACCGAGACCGGCCUCGCCUCCCUCCGACCCUUCCCCUCCCCCGCCUUCCCCUCCCCCGCCGUCUCUUCCGUCCGCCCCCUGCCCUCCCUCUCCGUCCCUUCCCCCAGCAGUGGGGGCCAGCAGCAGCCCGGCGCCCGGGACGGCGCUGCAGCCGCAGGAGUCGGUGGGCCCGGGGGGCGCGGCGGAGGCCGAGGCGGCCCUGCGGCUGCCCGCGCUGCUCUUCGGCGCCCCCGCGCUGCUGGGCCUGGCGCUGGCCCUGGUCCUGGUGGGCCUGCUGGGCUGCCGGUGGCGGCGGCGGCGGCUGCGCGCGGCGCCUCCCCCAGGGACUCCGGAGCCGCAACCCCGCGAGACCCUGGACCAUGUCACCAUCCUCCCCCCGGGACCCCUUGAUGCCACCGCUCCCGUCUGGCCUCCAACCAGAGAAGACACAGCCAACACCCCAGCUGCCCACAGCGUCCCUGUGCCAGCCACAGAGCUGGGCUCCACUGAGCUGGUGACCACCAAGACAGCCGGCCCUGAGCAGCAGUAGCGACGGAGGGGGCAGGAGGUGGCCCCUGUCCCCGCAGUGGGCCGUCAGCCAGGGGCUUGGAGGUUGGAUUCGGCUCUUCACACACCCCCCUCCCGUGCCCACCUGCCCCUUUUCUGGGAACCACGCUGCUCCCCUGCUAACCCCGCAGAGCCACAGACUACAGACCUCAGACGGCAGGCGUGGCGGCCCUACCUCACCAUAGCAUUUGGCUUAAAACCAGACCAUCUUUGGCGGCCCUCGAAGGUUGUGGCUGAGCUCCCGUGCUUUUGAGUGACUGGGGCACAUGGCGUAGGAGGUUUUUCUCUAAGCGCAGGGAAGCCACUAUCCUCACCAUCCUCACCAGAAUGAAUCUAGGAGAAGGAUCAGGUAGGAGGACGCUUAAUUUAUAGCCGGGGGACGUAUCUCUUUAAUACGUGCGCUCCCAGCUGUCCUGCUUCUAACUGAUGCAAAUGGUAGCAAGGAGUAACCAGCCCACAGGUUUGCUUCAGGAUUUAAUACAGAAUGAUUCUGAUUGUAACAAAGAGCCUGGAUUGUGCUAAUUCUCAGGUAUCUGUAUUUGAGGGCCAACCCUGAGCUUGGCCCAACCUUCUAGGACCUGCGAUGCCAUUUUUCAACCCGGUAGCAGCUUCCAGAGCCCCAGGCUUGCCCUUGGGAGGAAGUCUCCAGCCCCCCUGGGGCUGGACUGCGGGCUCACGAUGAAGGCACACUGCCGAGCCUCUCUCUCAGAGGCCACCUGGAGUCCCAGCUGUCUCCGAGGCGCGCUCAGCUGUACACAGGGAAAGGCCCAGGACCACCAAGGGGCUCCUUUGUUCAGAAGCCAGAGCAGACCUGUGGCCUUGAACCAGCUGGACCUGAUGUCCCUUGAGCUCCCUCUCUCUGUGGCCUGCCCUCCUGAAGCACUGGGCCCCAAGUGCUAUGGUCACUCGGCCAUUCUGUGCCAGCCCCUGGGGUCACCCAAUCUCCCAGUGGAAUUGCUCCUCUGACAGCAGUGCCCCUUGCUCUGGGGCCUGGGACUGAGACCAUCUCCUCGAGUUGUGGACCACGCCGUACUCGGUCAGGCACUGCAUCUUCUGCCGGCUCUCCUACAGAGUUAGAACCUCCUGACCCGGACUCUGUCCUGGACAGUCCUUGGAACUUGUCACAGGUUAGCACCCUCUGAAGGAACAUGGACUACGAAGUAGAAGAUGAAGUUUUGGGUCCCAUUUGUCCCACUGUAGGGCCUUGGCCAUGUUCUGUUCCAUGCAUCUGAUGCCUUUCUGCCCACUUCUUCCUGAGCUGCCCAGCAGAGCUGCCUGGCAGAUACCCACCCUUCCUGGCCACCGGCUUCUCAGCCCAGAAGACGGCCUGGAGCCCCCAGCACCCUGAUACCCAAUUUAACUCUUCCUAAGCCACUUCUCCCUGAAUUCAUCCCAGAUGCCCCUCUCUGCAAGCUGCCAGGUGGCUGGGGCAAGGUCAGGUGGCUGGCAGUCGGCAGGAGGGUGGGAAGCUGGCCCAGCAUGGGCCCAGACCUCCACUCCACUUCCUCUGGGUACUGGAGAGCCUAUGCUGUUCCUGUCCCCCUCUGCCUCCCACUCACCUUUUGUACCAGAGCAGGGGGCUGGGCCCUGGAGGUAAAACCCCUCUGGGGUCCAGACAUGCAAACCUCUGGCACCACUGUG